GCAUAUGAGUCCCGGGUGACACGGCCCCGCACGAAUAGCGCGUCUGGGUACGGUCAGGCACUGCACUCAGGCUGAUGACAACGACGUGCGGCGGUCGUCGUUGUGCGCCGUGUUGGCAACGUCGAGUCCGUGGGUCAAGCUUUGCUGGUCACAGACUCACAGUCAUAUCGUAUCCACACAAGCCGGCUUUGGACCAACUAGGCGAACGACUUGCCUACCAGGCUCACAAGAUCCGACAAUUUCCCUCAAUUCAGCUCUUUCUGUUAUGUAAAGAUAUGGAUUAGUAAUUUCCGUCGAUCUACAGCACCCAGCCUUUCUUCAACAUCAUGGGCAUUGUUUUCAGCUAUCCCUGCGACCCUGCUUCUUUCAACCACACAAACUGUAGAGGUGAGGUGCGAGAGGUGGCGGAGGACCUUCGCCUCGCCGGAGGAGGCGCCCGCGGCGCCGCCGUGUACAUGAGCAGGCUGACUCGCGCUUCAGGGACUCGCGCUUGGAGUAUCGGACUCAGCGUUGACGAUAGCGUGCGGUCGUCAGACGCAUAUGAUCUUGAAUGGAUGGUUGAUGUGCAUGGAACAUCCCACUUACAAAAAUCCAACUAUGUUAGAGGAUCUGGUUCCGGUCAAUUUCUAUUGCAAAGAUGGGCAUGUCACAUCAAUUAAUUUCUAUUGCAAAGAAUGAGUCUUAGCAAUCACUUUCCACAAACAGAUUGAAUGGAACCAAAGCUUGCUUGAACUUUGAAUUCCUUUACCUCUUGGUAGAUCAAGCAAACAUGAUAUUUGGCACUCGCAUCUGACUUCUUGACAAGCAAUUCUGCAAUAUAGAUAGACCAAAGGCCAUGAGAUUCUAGUUACGAUCAUUACGCUACUGUUAUCUCCCCUAUUCCUCUUCCUCUCCUGCCCAGGAACAUUGGCUGGCCAGACCUUCUGCAGCAAUCAUAAUGGUGCCAGGGCAAAAGCAAGACCGUGCAUUCUUCAUCAUUGCAACAGUUUACUCUUCCGCGGUCCUCUGUACAAGGUUGUUUUUCUGGCUUCUAAGUGUCUGGAGGAAAGAAAAAAGAAGAAAAAUAAACACAAUAGAGGAGCCUGAGAACAUGGAUGAAGUACUUAGGCUAUGGAGGACCGAAGACACUAGUUCAGAGUUCUCAUUGUAUGAUUUCUCUCAGAUUGCUGAUGCUACAGACAACUUCUCACCCAAAAGUAAACUAGGAGAGGGUGGAUUUGGCCCAGUUUACAAGGGAGUAUUUCCUGAUGGACAAGAGCUAGCAAUAAAAAGACUGUCUGCUCGGUCACAGCAAGGUCUAAUAGAGUUCAAGAAUGAGAUCCAGGUUAUAACAAAACUUCAACACAGAAACCUUGUUAGGCUGCUUGGCUGUUGCAUCCAUGGAGAAGAGAAGAUGCUGGUCUACGAAUACCUGACCAACAAAAGCUUGGACCACUUCAUUUUUGAUCCAAUCAGACGAGCAUCACUUAAAUGGAAGAUGCGAAUUAAAAUAGUUGAAGGUAUAUCCCAAGGGCUUCUGUACCUUCACAAUCACUCACGACUACGCAUAAUCCAUAGGGACUUGAAAGCAAGCAAUAUUCUGUUAGAUUCUGAACUAAACCCUAAGAUUUCUGAUUUUGGAAUGGCAAGGAUAUUUCCGUCAGAUGCCACUCAAGCAACAGCAAGCAGACUUGUGGGCACAUUUGGAUACAUGGCCCCUGAAUAUGCAUCUGAUGGCCUUCUCUCAAUCAAAUCAGAUGUUUUCAGUUUUGGGGUCCUGCUUCUUGAGAUUAUAAGUGGAAAGAGGAGUUCGGGUUUUCAGUACAAUGGAGAAUUCUACAACCUCCUUGAGUAUGCCUGGCAACUGUGGAAAGGUAGGAGAUGGAGUGAGUUCAUUGAUAAAUCAUUUGGUGAUGAAUAUGAAAUGGAAGAGCUGGUGAAAUAUCUUGCUGUGGCAUUGAUGUGUGUUCAAGAAAAAGCAAUGGAUCGUCCCACAAUGCGUGAUGUUGUUGCACUUCUUAGCAGCGAUGGCAUCACAAUGCCAGAACCAAAGCAACCAGCUUACUCCUAUGCUAAAUUAGAUGAGUCGGUAAAUGUCACUGUAUUGAGUAGCAGAAACGAUGUAACCAUCACUACUAUAAAUGGCAGAUAUGUCAGACAUAUUUUAAGCAUGAGCAAUUUUAGAAGGCACCAAAGGCCAUGGUACUUCAGUUUCACUUACCAAUCAAUAUGCUACCGUUAUCUCUCCUAUUCCUCUUCCUCUCCUGCCCAGCACCAUUGGCUGGCCAAACCUUCUGCAGUAAUCAUAAUGGUGCCAGACAACACAGCUAAUAUCUUGGUUGGAGUUGGAGUGUUCCUAAUGGUAAUAUUUAUUUCUUGCUUGGUUUUUCAUCUAUGGAUCAAAACACAGCAACAGAGAGAACAAGCAAUAUUAAAAUUACGACAACUGUCUUUGGCAAUACAAAGUGUGACAAAUUUAUGGAGGAUGGAAGGCAGCAACAACUUGGAAUUUUCAAAGUAUGAUUACUCUUACAUAAAAGAAGCUACAAAUAACUUUUCGAUUGAUAACAAAUUGGGGCAAGGUGGCUUUGGCCCUGUGUACAAGGGCCGAUUGAGCAGUGGAAUUAAAAUAGCAGUCAAGAGGCUAGAAACAUGUUCUUUACAAGGUUUACUGGAAUUCCAAAAUGAAAUUCAGCUUAUAUCAAAGCUUCAACACAAAAAUCUCGUUAAGCUGCUGGGUUACUGCACUAAAGGAGAUCAAGAAAAGAUGCUUGUAUAUGAAUACAUGGAAAAUAAAAGUCUAGACUGCUUCAUAUUUGAAAAUGUGAAGGGAGCACAACUAAACUGGUCAAAACGUCUGCACAUAAUUGAUGGGAUAGCUCAUGGGCUUCUUUACCUUCACAACUAUUCACGAAUAUGUGUUGUUCAUAGGGAUUUGAAAGCAAGUAAUAUUCUCUUGGACAGUGAAAUGAAUCCAAGAAUAUCUGAUUUUGGGAUGGCUAGAAUAUUCUGCUCAAAUGUGAAAGAAUCAAAUACAACCAGAAUAGUGGGCACACGUGGCUACAUACCUCCUGAGUACGCUUUUCAUGGGAUUUGCUCUAUCAAAUCGGAUGUUUUUAGCUUUGGCGUAUUGACGUUGGAAAUAAUAAGUUCAAAGAGGACAGCGCAAUUCUAUGAAUACAAUGGAAAGCUAUAUAAUCUCAUCUCAUAUGCUUGGCAACUUUGGAGUGAUGAAAAAUUGGGUGAGUUGAUUUAUUCUCCUUCAGGCAAUGGACACCAUGAGAUAGAAAGAUGCAUUCAUGUGGCACUUUUAUGCGUCCAAGAAAGUGCAGAGCAUCGACCUGAUAUGGAGCGAGUUAUCACAAUGCUAAACACUAAGGAUGUGAACUUACCCAAUCCUGCGCAACCAGCUUACUUCCAUGUAAAUCCUAGUGAGGAAGAAGUUUUGUCAUGCAGCGCUACUAUGAGUAUCACGCUAGAAAGGUAGAACCACAUUGUCAUCAAUUCUGACAGAAAUGCUGGUAUUAUCUUCAUCAAGAUGAACAUAUUUGCGUUGAUAAUCAUAUGAGUAAGCUUGAUUGUUAUGGAUAUUUCUUUAAUAGAACAGACAUUUUUUACCAAUUUGUUCGGAUAUGUAAAACCAUUGCUGGGCUGAAUCUUUGACAUUUCAA